UUUCGCCAUAUGAAGUAUUAAUGAAUUAUAAAAUGAUUAGACAUUCGAUCCUAUCUGGCAUUAUCAGGGUCACACCAGAACAAGUCAGAAUGAUAAGAGGGAUUCAAAUAUUGGCUGUUAUAUUUUUCAGCCUAUUUCGCUUCUCAGCGAGCCAGAAUUAUUGCCAGAUUAACCACUGGCCAGACGGACAUCACCCUCACCCCACUUCCUGUGACAGGUACGUAACCUGUACUAACGGACUGAUUGCCAUUGCGACCUGUCCACCUGGAUCAUCCUAUGACGCAAGACUAAACAGCUGCAGCUACACAACUACCGAAAAAUGUAACGACGCAGUAUCCAUUCCCACCGUAGCACCAGGUGAAGAAUGGUGCAGAAUCAAUGACUGGGCUACAGGCAAACAUCCACACCCUAACACUUGUGACAAGUAUGUGGAAUGUUUCAACCACAUUACAUUCAUUAGGGUGUGUAAUUCAUCAGACAGCUAUGACCCUUCAAAACAACAAUGUGUCGACAGGACCCUGGCACGUCCGUGUAAUGACAACAAGCCUAUUGUGAAUAUCUCAGUAGUGCCACACUGUGCUAACCAAACCAAGGAUGAUGUGCUUUUCCUUUUCGACUCUUCAUCUAGCAUCGCCUAUCCGGACUACGAGAUACAGCUGAACUUUGCUUCAAAUUUGACCACGAAAUUCACCUUGGGCGCCUCAUUGGCACAGUUUAGUGUCAUUGUCUUUUCUAUAGUCGCACAAAGCAUGUUCCCAUUUAACCGUUACUAUGACCACCAUGAUUUAGAAAAAGCUAUUAUGAACACGACGUAUGUUGGAUCAACCACUAACACGGCACAAGCACUAGACUUUGCAAGGACCACUUCGUUCACCUCGGCUAAUGGUGCCCGUUCAGGAGUCCCUCAGAUGGCAGUGGUUCUGACUGACGGGCUGUCAAAUGAUCAAGAUCUUACCAAAAUAGCAGCCGAGCGCUUAAAGGCGAAUAACGUUGGAGUUUUAGCCAUAGGAGUUGGCAACUUCAGCCAAACUGAGCUGAACGCCAUUGCCAGUGGACCACAGUUUGUAAAACAAGUAGAUAGACACACCUCGUUGCCAUUGUUAGCAGAGGAAGUGUACAUUCUAAUGUGCAAUUUCGCUCAGCCCAAUUUUUGUGACAAGGCAGACGUGAUAUUUCUUCUGGAUUCUUCUAGCAGUAUAGGGCAUGCCAACUACGUGGAGCAGCUUCGGUUUGCAGCCGACAUUACACAGAAUUUCAGAAUUGGACCAGACGAUGUCAGGUUUGCAGCUGUGAUCUAUGGAUCAGACGCUCAUCGACUUUUUGACCUGAGUUCUUACUUUGACCACAAUUCAGUUUAUCAGGCUAUAACUUCAGCAACCUAUUUGUCCAGCAGUACCAACACAGCAGAAGCUCUGAGACUUAUCACAGACUUAUCGAUGUUUGGUAGUGCACGUGGAGGCCGUGACGGGUCCAAGAAAAUUAUUAUCACUUUGACUGAUGGAAUGUCUGACGAUCCCGUAGCGACUAGACAGCGAGUCGAUGAGUUGAAACAGAGAGGUAUUCGGUUCGUGUCCAUUGGAGUUGGUAAUUCUGUGGACAUCGAUGAACUGACAGUGUUAGCAAGCUCCAGUGAUGAUAUGUUCUGCGUAGAGAGUUAUGAAGCCAUUCAUAAACUCCACGAUGAAAUUGUUAGCUCAACAUGUCAGCAAAACCAAGUACAGAUAGGAAGUGGUAAUAAUACUUAUACAGUAACAGUAGCCUACACUGAUUAUUGGAGUCUAUGCAGAGAACAGAAUUGGGAAAACGGAAUUCACGCCAAUCCCUUUGAUUGCACCAGGUACAUAGAGUGUGUAUUUCUCUACACCUACGUCAUGUCUUGUCCUAUUGGCUUAGUUUACGACCCAUUGAAGAAAACGUGUCUUGAGCCUUUUAAUGCUGUCGACUGCAAAACGUAUAACGACUACAAACCUGUAAACAAUUACAGACCUGUGAUUGGCAAGCGAAACGUUGUCAGUGCCGCCAGUUGCAGCCAUUUAAUGGGAGGUUCAUUGCAGACUGCGUUUCCCUAUAUACCAACAGGAUCUGUAUAUUAUGAUCCCAAUAAUGUUUGUGCAUCUUAUCGUCUGCCAAAUGGUUUAUAUCCAGACUCAACCAGUUGCAGCAGAUACCUGGAGUGCUAUAAUGGAGUUACCUACCACUCUAGUUGUCCCAAUGGCAUGGCGUUCAAUGUACACAGCAAGGGUUGCAUGGAUGUGAACGCUGUGAAUUGUUACGAUAAUGCCAACUUCAAUUUUUUAGUCUCGGUUUAAAGAUGUUGUUAAAUCAAAACAAAGUCAUUUUGGCAAUACUUAGUAGCCUAUGAUUUUAAACAGCGAAGACUAUUGGUGAAUGUCAGACUAUUAAUUUUGCAUAUUUUUUUUAUGCAUCUAUCAAUUAUAAGUGUCAAUAAUUGUGUUACAUUGUUAUAUGAAGCUUAGUGAGGUAGAAAAUGUUACAACACAUAGAGGAAGUGUUAAGGCUGUCUGUAUUUAUUUAUUUUGCUCAUUGAUGUGAAAAACUGUUUUUUGGAUUUUGAAAUUAUAGCUAUUUAUUAAAAUAUUUUUAAAAAUUA